UCCCAGAGUCAACAGCGAGCAAGCAGCCGGAGAGGGGAAGGAGCAGCGGGAGAGGAGUAGAAUACUGCGCCCCCUCUCCUUCCCCUCCCCCCUACUUUAGCCCUUCUGUGUACUUCGCCUCCAAGUCUCCGCGCAGCCAGGAGCCGCUCCUGCCUUCGCGCCCCUGCGCGCUGCACCCAGGGAGAAAAACAGCGAGCCCCGCCGCCCAGGCCCCCCCGCGGGGCCGGGGCCGGGGCCAGCAUGGAGCACCUGGGUCCGCACCAUCUCCAUCCGGGCCACGCGGAGCCCAUCAGCUUCGGCAUCGACCAGAUCCUCAACAGCCCAGACCAGGGCGGCUGCAUGGGGCCAAACUCACGCCUCCAGGACGGAGAAUAUGGUCUUGGCUGUUUGGUCGGAGGCGCCUACGCUUACGGCGGCGGGGGACCGGUGGCCGGUGCGGGAGCCGGGAACGCGGGAGCUUAUGGCGCUGGCGGCCCGAGCGGUCCUGGUGGCCCGGCGGGCGGCGGGGGCGGUGCCUGCAGCUUGGGCCCGCUGGCCGGCUCCUACAACGUGAACAUGGCCUUAGCGGGCGGCCCGGGUCCAGGAGGUGGCGGUGGAAGCGGAGGGGCUCUGAGCGCUGCGGGGGUAAUUCGGGUGCCCGCGCACAGGCCACUAGCCGGAGCGGUGGCCCACCCCCAGCCUCUGGCUACCGGCUUGCCAACAGUGCCCUCCGUGCCUGCCGUGCCGGGCGUCAACAACCUCACCGGCCUCACCUUCCCCUGGAUGGAGAGUAACCGCAGAUACACAAAGGACAGGUUCACAGGUCACCCCUAUCAGAACCGGACGCCCCCCAAGAAGAAGAAGCCACGCACGUCCUUCACACGCCUGCAGAUCUGCGAGCUGGAGAAGCGCUUCCACCGCCAGAAGUACCUGGCCUCGGCCGAGCGCGCCGCCCUGGCCAAGGCGCUCAAAAUGACUGACGCGCAGGUCAAAACCUGGUUCCAGAACCGGCGGACAAAGUGGAGGCGGCAGACCGCGGAGGAGCGUGAGGCCGAGAGGCAGCAGGCGAAUCGCAUCCUCCUGCAGCUGCAGCAAGAGGCCUUCCAGAAGAGCCUGGCGCAGCCGCUGCCCGCCGACCCGCUCUGCGUUCACAACUCCUCGCUCUUCGCCCUGCAGAACCUGCAGCCGUGGUCUGAUGACUCGACCAAGAUCACCAGCGUCACGUCGGUGGCAUCGGCCUGCGAGUGA